UCACUAAAGAAAUGUAGGGCAGCUUGAAUCAGUGAAGGAGGUGGCCAGUAACGGGACCGGUUGAAGUUUCACUUAAGAAACCACCUAUUGUUGACAUUUGCCGAAGUUAUUCAAUGGCAUGCCACGUAGAGAAAAUGGCAACAAUAUAUUAGAUGCAUGCUAUAUUUUUGCUCACUCUUGGUUGUCUAAACAAUUUGUGUUGUCCUUCGCAAAGAAAUUGCAGGAACCUUCCAGUGGCGUUCCACUGUGUCACUCGGAACUAUUUCUUAACCGGACAAUGGGAACACUUGUUAUCCUCAAAGGUUCAGGAAGAAAAACGAUGAAGGAAAUUACAGUUUAAAUGAUAGCGUACAAUAUAAUUAGAGACGUGAAAUAUACCACUCCGGGAGAAGUGUGAAGUAUUCAAGUAUGGAGUUGGGUCGACGGAAAGGUCUCAACGGGGUCCUGUCUUCCUUGUCACUGCUCUGUGUCAUUCUAGACAUCCAGUUGGACGGUGUCUUGGGGGCAACUCAUGUGGAGAUUGAGCAGCACUUGGAGAUGGGCCGUACGCUGUUGGCCGCCGGUCAACUGGCGGAGGCUUUGUCCCACUACCACUAUGCAGUGGAGGGAGACUCUAAGAACUACCUCACCUACUACAAGCGGGCAGCUGUGUUUCUGGCCAUGGGGAAGUCCAAAUCAGCCCUUCCAGAUCUGACCCGAGCCAUCCAGCUCAAACCAGACUUCCUGGCUGCCAGACUGCAGAGAGGGAAUAUCCUCCUGAAGCAGGGCAACACCCAGGAGGCCCGGGAGGACUUUGAGACUGUGCUGCAGCGCUCCCCUGACCAGGAGGAGGCGCAGGACCAGUUGAUGAGGGCCAACGAGCUGGAGGAGCUGCGGGAGGAUGCCCACGCGGCCCACCACAGAGGAGACUACAGCACCACCAUCACUGUGCUGGACCGCAUCGUAGAGCUCUCCCCCUGGGACCCUGAGACUCGGGAGCUCCGGGCUGAAUGCUACAUCCGCCUGGGAGACCCCAGGAAGGCCAUCCAGGACCUGACUCCCACCACCCGGCUGAGGAACGACAACCGAGCUGCCUUCCUCAAGCUCAGCACCCUGCAUUAUAGCCUGGGAGAGCACCAGGAGUCACUAGGUCACGUCCGAGCGUGUCUGAAGCUGGACCAGGAUGACAAGGACUGUUUGUCCCACUACAAACAGGUGAAGAAGCUCAGCAAGCAGCUGGACUCUGCCGAGGAGCACAUCGAAGAGGCGAGGUAUCAGGAGGCCAUAGUCAAGUAUGAGUCAGUGAUGAGAACAGAGCCUAAUGUCCCAUACUACACCAACAAGGCCAAUGAGAGGAUCUGCUUCUGCCUGGUCAAGAACAAGAUGGCUGCUAAGGCAAUAGACAUCUGUUCUGAAGCCCACCAGAGAGACCUACGCAACAUCAACAUCCUCCGAGACAGAGCUGAGGCUUUCAUCCUCAACCAGGACUACGAGAAAGCGGUGGAAGACUACCAGGAAGCAAGGGAGUUUGACAAGGAGAGCAAUGAGAUCAGGGAAGGUCUAGAGCGAGCCCAGAAACUGCUCAAGCUCUCCCGGAAGAGAGAUUAUUACAAGAUCCUGGGUGUCAAUAGGAGUGCCAACAAACAGGAAAUCAUCAAGGCGUACAGGAAGCUGGCCCAACAGUGGCAUCCUGACAACUUCAGAGAGGAGGCAGAGAAGAAGGAGGCGGAGAAAAGGUUCAUCGACAUCGUCUCUGCUAAAGAGGUGCUCACCGACCCAGAAAUGCGUCAGAAAUUUGACUCGGGCGAGGACCCCCUGGACCCAGAGAGCCAGCAGGGUGGAGGAGGGGGUCAGGGUGGCCAAGGAUGGCCCUUCCACUUCAACCCCUUCGAGUCCGGCGGCAACUACCACUUCAAGUUCAACCACUAGUGAGGACGAGAAACAUGGGGGGGGCUGACGGAACCGGAAAGGACCUACGAUUGGAGGAUUUAAGGCCUAUGACAACCCGCGGAGUAAUUUAUGGAUGUACCCAGGUGUCGGGUUUGGGGGAUUGUGUAAUGUAAUGAGACUACGGGGACGUGAAUGACUGUCAAAGGCGGUGGACUACUACUGUCCCGCCAGGGGUUGAGUUGUACGAAGUUAAACUUUCCUACCACAGAUUCUACAUGGAUGAAACUGAGUGACAAUGUUGUCGGCAGUUGACUCUGAAAAGUAUUUAAGUAUUUUAUUAGGAUCCCCAAUUAGCCGCUUCCAAGGCAGUGGCUACUCUUCCUGGGGUUGAAACGAAAAUCAAAUAAUAUACAUAAUACAAUACAUAUAAAAAUGUCUGUGUCUCUCCACAGUCUGCGUCGUGAGGUGUUUUUUUUUAAGUCUGGUUUUAUGGCUGGCUGAUAAUGUUACCUGGGGUGGCAGAGUUCCAUGUAGUCAUGGCUCUAAUUUAAUACUGUGCGUUUCCCAGCCUCAGUUCUCGACCUGGGGACUAUGAAGAGUCCUCUGGCUACAUGUCUUGAGUGGUACUGAACUGUGUACCAACUGCUUGAACAGACAGUUCAGUACCUUUUUAACCCAUCAUCACCUCACACAAAGACCAAUAGUGAUGCAGUCAAUCAAUCCUCAACUUUGAGCCAAAAGAGAUUGACAUGCAUACCACUGAUAUUCACCCUCCGUGUACAUCUAAGUGCAAUACGUGCUGCUCUGUUCUGGAGCAAUUGCAAUUUUCCACUCGAGUGGUCGAAGAUGCGAGAAUGAAGACUGGUAUAGGUGCGCUGUUCAGUCCUCCCAACUAGGCCCAGGCUGUUGAUGACAUCAGUGCAUCCCUCCUCCAGUAUCCAUGUUCUUUUUCUUUGGGAUGUCUGUCUGCUGCUUUUGCUUUGUGUUUGAGGAAGAAUGAGGCGUGAAAAAAAACUGCAAAGGGCUCGUUUUGGUAACAACGUAGCUCUUUUGGUUUUUGCUCUGCUACAAUAGCCUGGGUGCCGGACUCUUUAUCCAUUAUGCUAAGACGAGCUCAAGUCGGAUAAAAUCAGAUUCAGACUGACACCCAAGCUACUCAGACAGAUUAUAUUCAGAAAAAUACAACAUUCAGAGUUUUCAAAUAUUUUACAAGAGAUUGAUGUCGUUCUGUUUGUAAUAUUACAAUCUGCAAAGCUCUGAAUGUUGUAAUGUAGUCAACUGGGAGGGACUUCCAUCUUCAUUGGCUGAUGAUCAGCCAAUCGUGAAGAAAAUUGACUAUAAAAAUUGAGCUUGCUAUAAUUGCACAGAUAUAAAGAUGAGUCCUUUCUCAAUGCCAAUCACACGACUCCUUCCUAGUUGUGUACCCAAUCAAAAGGGUGUGCAUGAAGCUUGUCUGUCUACUUCCUGAAAGAGCCUGUGUUGUUGCAUUCUCUCUCCUUUUUCAUUGAUUUCAAAGCAUGUCUGAAAACUUGCACUUUUUGUAUUUUGUCUAUUUUCUUUUUAAUAACCACUCCUCCUGAUGUUACUGAAAAUGUGUUCCACGGUUCAAAGCAACUGAAGGGACUCACUGCAACAACGAAGAAACUAUUGAGUCAUUUUAACGUGUCACAAAUUAUGGACUACAAAAUGUAUGGACUGUCUAUCAUCCCGUCAACUAUUAACAUACAUUGAAUUCUAAGGAUACAGUAUAGCUGUAACUGAAAGCUUUGAAUGUCACUGACUGCUAAACUACAGUGCCUUCAAAGUAUUCAUACCCCUUGACUUUCUCCACAUGUUGUUACAGCCUGAAUUUAAAAUUGAAUACAUUGAGAUGUCUUUAUGACUGGACUACACAUAAUACCCCAUAAUGUCAAAGUGGAAUAAUGUUUUCAUAAAUUAACAAAUUAAAAAGCUGAAAUGUCUUCAGUCAAUAAGUAUUUAACCACUUUGUUAUGGCAAGCCUAAAUAAGUUCAGGAGUACAAAUGUGCUUUACAAGUCACAAGUUGCAUGGAAUAUUAUGUGUCCAAUAGUGGUUAACAUACUUUUUGAAUGAGUACCUCAUCUCUGUACCCCACACAGGAAAUUAUCUGUAAGGUCCCUCAGUCGAGCAGUGAAUUUCAAACAUCGAUUCAACCACAUAGACUGGGGAGGUUUUCCAAUGCCUCGUAGGGAAGGGCACCUAUUGAUUGAUGGGUUGAAAAUAUAUAUAUUUAGAGCAGACAUUGAAUAUCCCUUUUGAGCAUGGUGAAGUUAUUAAUUACACUUUAGAUGGUGUAUCAAUUCACCCAGUCACUACAAAGAUACAGGCGUGCUUCCUAACUCUGUUGCAGGAGAGGAAGGAAACCGCUCAGGGAUUUCACCAUGGGGUCAAUGGUGACUUUGAAGCAGUUAGAGUUUAAUGGCUGUGUCAACUGAGGAUGGAUCAACAACAUUGUAAUUACUCCACAAUACUAACCUAAUUGACAGUGAAAAGGAAGCCUGUACAGAAUAAAAAUAUUCUAAAACAUGCAUCCUGUUUGUAACAAGGCACUAAAGUAAUACUGCAAGAAAUGUGGCAAAGCAAUUCCCUUUUUGUCCUGAAUAUAAAAGUGUUAUGUUUGGGGAAAAAUGCAAUAACACAUUACUGAGUAACACUUGCCAUAUUUUCAAGCCAAAAAAAAGGUAGACUAACUAAAUGGAGCGCAGAGAUCUAUACACACGAAACCUUUCACUCAGCCAUCACAUGCGGAAACGGUCCGAAAAGUUGGGGGAUGACAGAGUUUGACUGUGUGAUAUUAGGUUGCUUCUUGUGUAAAUAUUUUCCGUCUGGAUUUUAAUGAUUUGUUUUAGUUGCUGCAUCAUGUUAUGGGUAUGCUUGUAAUCGUUAAGGACUGGUGAGUUUAUCAGGAUGAAAAAGAAACAAUGGAGCUAAGCACAGGCAAAAUCCUAUAGGAAAACCUGGUUCAGUCUGCUUUCCACUGGACACUGGGAGAUUAAUUCACCUUUCAGCAGGAUAAUAAUCUAGAAUACAAGGCCAAAUCUACACUGACGUUGCUUACCAAGAAGUUUUGACUUAAAUAUACUUAAAUCUAUGACAAGACCUGAAAAUGGUUGUCUAGCAAUGACCAACAAUCAAUUUAACAGAGCUAGAAUAAUUUUGAAAAGAAUAGUGGGCAAAUGUGGCACAAUCCAGGUGUGGUAAACUCUUAGAGACUUACCCAGAAAGACUUACAGCUGUAAUCACUGCCAAUGGUGUUUCUACAAAGUAUUGACUCAGAGGUGUGAAUAUGCAUGUAAAUUAGAUAUUUCUGUGUUUCGUUUAAAAAAAUGUGCAUUCACCUGUUAGGAGAGAUGGUGAGACUUUAAUCCAUUUUGAAUUCCAUCUGUAACAACAAAAUGUGGAAUAAGUCAAGGGGUAUGAAUACUUUCUGAAGGCACUGUACGUCAUCAUUUUAAUGUGAUAACCUUGUUAAUUUAACUGCUUGGGAUGGGUUAUUUUCUGGGGUUUGUUUCUAUGGAGGUUUUCUCCUGGUUUUAGUUGCUAUGGACAGUUUUUACAUUGCCAAACAGAAUCAACUGAAAUGUUCAAAAACAAUUAAAAUAUGUAAACAAACCCA